CUUUCUGAAAGAGAGAUCUCUCUCCGUAGCUCGUUCUCUCUCUAUCUCAUCCUCGCUCGUCGCCUCCCUCUUCAGGAAUCAGCAGUUGUCGGUAUUACUUAAAGACCAGCCAAGAUGGUUAAGUUCACAGCCGAUGAGCUCCGGGCAAUUAUGGACAAGAAAGAGAACAUCCGUAACAUGUCUGUCAUUGCCCAUGUUGAUCACGGGAAGUCAACUCUUACGGAUUCCCUUGUGGCUGCUGCGGGUAUCAUUGCCCAAGAAGUUGCUGGAGAUGUCCGUAUGACUGAUACCCGUGCAGAUGAAGCCGAGCGUGGUAUCACCAUCAAGUCCACCGGUAUUUCGCUCUACUAUCAAAUGAGUGAUGCAUCUCUGAAGAGCUACAAAGGUAUGAGGGAUGGGAAUGAGUACCUGAUCAAUCUCAUCGAUUCCCCUGGGCACGUCGACUUUUCAUCUGAAGUCACGGCGGCUCUCCGUAUCACGGAUGGUGCCCUUGUGGUGGUUGACUGUAUCGAGGGUGUCUGUGUCCAGACGGAGACUGUGCUCCGUCAAGCCCUCGGUGAGAGGAUCAGACCUGUUUUGACCGUUAACAAGAUGGAUCGUUGUUUCCUUGAGCUUCAGGUUGAUGGUGAAGAGGCUUACCAGACCUUCCAGAGGGUGAUUGAGAAUGCCAAUGUCAUCAUGGCUACUUAUGAGGACCCGCUCCUCGGGGAUGUUCAGGUUUAUCCUGAGAAAGGAACUGUUGCUUUCUCCGCUGGACUGCAUGGUUGGGCCUUCACUCUCACCAACUUUGCCAAGAUGUAUGCCUCUAAGUUUGGGGUUGAUGAGUCGAAAAUGAUGGAAAGACUCUGGGGCGAGAACUUCUUUGAUCCCGCCACAAAGAAGUGGACGACCAAGAACACUGGAUCUCCGACCUGCAAACGUGGAUUUGUCCAGUUCUGUUACGAACCCAUUAAGCAGAUCAUUAACACCUGCAUGAACGAUCAGAAGGAUAAGCUAUGGCCGAUGUUGCAGAAGCUCGGUGUCACCAUGAAGUCCGAUGAGAAGGAACUGAUGGGGAAGCACCUGAUGAAGCGUGUGAUGCAGAAUUGGCUCCCGGCCAGUGAUGCUCUCCUGGAAAUGAUGAUCUUUCAUCUUCCCUCGCCUUCAAAGGCUCAGAAGUACCGUGUCGAGAAUUUGUAUGAAGGUCCUCUCGAUGACAAGUAUGCUACUGCAAUCAGAAACUGUGAUCCCGAAGGUCCUCUCAUGCUUUACGUGUCAAAGAUGAUUCCAGCUUCUGACAAGGGAAGGUUCUUUGCUUUCGGCCGUGUGUUUGCGGGGAGAGUGGCGACGGGUAUGAAGGUGAGGAUUAUGGGUCCUAACUACGUUCCGGGCGAGAAGAAGGACUUGUACGUGAAGAGUGUGCAAAGAACUGUUAUCUGGAUGGGAAAGAAGCAAGAAACUGUGGAAGAUGUUCCUUGUGGUAACACAGUGGCCAUGGUUGGACUGGAUCAGUUCAUCACCAAGAACGCGACUCUCACCAACGAGAAGGAAGUGGACGCUCACCCUAUCCGAGCCAUGAAAUUCUCGGUCUCCCCUGUCGUCCGUGUUGCCGUUCAGUGUAAGGUUGCCUCCGACCUGCCGAAGCUUGUGGAAGGUCUGAAGCGUUUGGCCAAGUCUGAUCCUAUGGUUGUCUGCUCGAUCGAGGAAUCCGGCGAGCAUAUCAUCGCCGGAGCAGGAGAACUCCACCUGGAGAUUUGUCUGAAGGAUUUGCAAGACGAUUUCAUGGGAGGUGCAGAGAUCAUCAAAUCAGACCCAGUCGUCUCCUUCCGUGAAACCGUCCUCGAGAGAUCCUGCAGGACGGUGAUGAGCAAAUCCCCGAACAAGCACAACCGUCUCUACAUGGAAGCACGGCCAUUGGAGGAAGGUCUAGCAGAAGCCAUCGACGAUGGACGCAUCGGUCCAAGAGACGACCCGAAGAUCCGUUCCAAGAUCUUGGCCGAGGAGUUCGGCUGGGACAAGGACCUCGCCAAGAAGAUCUGGGCUUUCGGCCCUGAAACCACCGGACCGAACAUGGUGGUCGACAUGUGUAAGGGAGUCCAGUACUUGAACGAGAUCAAGGACUCGGUCGUGGCAGGGUUCCAGUGGGCAUCAAAGGAAGGACCGUUGUGCGAGGAGAACAUGAGAGGAAUCUGCUUCGAGGUCUGUGAUGUGGUUCUGCACUCCGACGCCAUCCACCGAGGUGGCGGUCAGGUCAUCCCGACGGCCAGAAGAGUUCUGUACGCAUCCCACCUGACCGCCAAGCCGAGACUGCUUGAGCCGGUCUACCUGGUGGAGAUCCAAGCCCCUGAGCAAGCCCUCGGAGGAAUCUAUAGUGUACUGAACCAGAAGAGGGGGCACGUUUUCGAGGAGAUGCAGAGGCCAGGAACUCCGCUGUACAACAUCAAGGCGUAUCUUCCGGUCGUAGAGUCGUUUGGGUUUUCGGGACAGCUGAGAGCGGCGACGUCGGGACAGGCUUUCCCACAGGCAGUGUUCGAUCAUUGGGACAUGAUGUCGUCGGAUCCUAUGGAGGCUGGCUCGCAGGCUUCGACACUGGUGGCUGAGAUCAGGAAGAGGAAGGGCUUGAAGGAACAGAUGACUCCUCUCGCUGAUUUCGAGGACAGGCUGUAAGUCUUUUUUCCAUGAAAAAAAAACUCCAUCUUUAUCUCUUUCUUGUUCGACGUCGUCGUUUCAUUUUGCUGCGAGACUGCUUUAUUUUUGGUGUUUGUUUUUAUUUAUUUUUAAUGUUGACAUAGUUCUGAGUGUUUUGCCGGCGGCCGCAUUGUCGGCCGUUGAUUAUGUUCUCUCUUCUUCGGAUUUAAUUUUAAUUCUCAUUUUCCAAGUUCCA